CGAUCGCCAAAAAUCGCCUAAAAUUGACCCAAUCGUAUCGGUCUAAUCGGCAAACAAAGCGUCGAUACAAAAAUUUGACGUAACCAAAACCCACGUGGUUGGCCAGACUGUCAUCGUUGAACACAAUGGCGCAGAAUAUAAAACACCAUAAUGGCGUGCUCCUGCGGUAGAGUUACUUAAACUUAUAUGGGAAUUGCUCUCGAACUCGGUGAAAACAAAAAAAAAAAUUCACACAAUACACACACAACAUUGAGUCGAGAACAAGCUCAGAUGCCGAAGAAACUGCUGGCGAAGGACAGUUCGAUGCGUUGUGAAAAAACAAUUUGUCCGUCGCCGGAAGAGCUGAGCGUGAUAACCAACAACGUCAAAUGCGAGCAAUGCGGUCUCGUCUUCAGCAACGAGCCGCGCUAUCGGCUUCACGAUCUCAAGGUACAUCAGAACAAAAAGUUGGACAAAAUCGCGAAGGAGAAUGUGCGCUAUCACUGUCCGAUGCAGUCGUGCGUCUACGCUCUAAACUCGCAGAGAUAUUUCAACACCAUGAAGUAUCUUAAGCAGCAUUAUUUGAAAGUGCACGCCGAGAAAAAUUACAAAUGCGAUUGUUGCAAUGACAAAAGUUUCUCCACGGCGUCCGCCAAGGAGGCGCACAUGAGAAUCUGCGGCACAAAAUUCACAUGUUCCUGCUCGAAGUCUUACAACACUUACGAGGCGUUGCUCACACACGCGAAACGAUCUCUGCACACUAUAACAGAAAAAUAUAAGAAUUACUUGAGACGUACUAACUGCAAAACGAUGAAGCUCGUCCUGUCAACCGGAAUUCUGAAUAAACCCGUCACGAUAUUGCCCAAUAAUUUGAACAAAUCCGCAAAAAACAACGAACACGUUAAUUCCGCGCCAAAGAGCACGUCUGACAUUGGCGUGCAGACGGACGAUUACAGAAAGAACAAGAAGCCGUUGAAGCUGUUGAAGCUCAAUUGCAAUUCGAAACGUCGAAUAUCGAAGCAGACCCAGACCAACAAUUCUCUUAAAGAAAAGACUUGUGGAAAAUCGAUGGAAACGCAAACGUUGCAAGUGAUCGAAGGACCGUCGAAAACGCAACGUACGAAAUGCGCGACGGAAAAGAGAGACGAGCUGUCGAAACAAUCGAAACACACGUUGCUCACGGAAGACGUAAAUCUCAACAACAAUUUCACGUCGGCCAAUUUGUUCUCGACCAGUCCGUUGCCGCUCCGACACGACGUGGGUUUGCAAGAUUUUUGGGAGGACAAGAACACGUCGAGCACCCAGACACUACCUGAGAAGGAUAUAUUUGAAGCGUUUAACGACAACGUUACGCAAACGGAAUUCGAAACGCUCUACGAGCACAGUCAUAAUCCUUUGAUACAAUGCGUGCCGAAAAGCUCGGUCGCUCUGAUGACGCUUCCGUACGUCGAGGACACAUCCGCGGUCGAAGGUUAUUCUUUCACCUCGACAGACGGCAUGUCUCAGGCAGAUCCGAUACUGACCGCAAGCAAAACGUUCGACGACAGAUUCAGCAGCAUAGAAACGCAAACCGAACAAGCGUUCUCGCCCUCGUACUUUUAUUCCGAAUCGUUGUCGAGAUCGUUCGCUCUGAGCUCGACUAUAGAGACGCAAACCACAGACAAUUUAGACAACAUGGAGGAAUUGUAUAGCAACACGUGCACACAGACCUGCAACGAGAUUCUGUCUUCCGAUCUCGGUCUGACCGACAUACAAACUCAGACCGCUUGGUCGCACGACAUCGCGGUCUCCACCGAAACGCAAACCAAGUCUCUGAUCUGCAACAAUGAUUGUAACAUUCCCAUGGUGACGUGUAAAUCCUGGAUGAACACACAAACGAAUCACACCGAGACGCAAACUGAUUUACUCAGUAUUUUCGAAGAAUUUUAACAGGCGAAACCUGGUCCAUGUACUGUGAUUGACUUGUUGUUUACCUUCCUUGUUUUGGCAUUUAAUUUUUGUUUUUUUUUACUACAUAUAUAUUUAUUAUAUAUUAUAUAUUAUAUAUAUACAUAUAUACAUAGAAGUCAUUUUUGUUAGAACGGCUGUCGCGGAGCCAAU